CCGAGAGAGAUGCUGGCGGCACUGCUGCUCGCCCUCAGCUGCCUCGGCCUCCACAUCGCCUGGCAGGCACAGGCCGUGCCCAUCCUGCUCCUGGGCCUGGCUCCAGACUCCUUCGAUGAUGCCUACGUGGGCUGCCAGGAGGAGAUGGAGGAGAAGGCAGCGGCCCUACUGCAGGAGGAGAUGGCCGGCCACACCCUGCUGCGGGAGUCCUGGGCGGCGGCCCGGGCAGCCUGGGAGCAUAGGCGUCAAGGGCUCCUCUUGCCCCCUGGCUUCGGGGCCCCGCACGGAAUCGCCAUCAUGGUCUACACCAACUCGUCCAACACCUUGUACUUGGAGCUGAAUCAGGCCGUGCGCGCGGGCGGCGGCUCCCGGGACCUCUACCUGAGGCACUUCCCCUUCAAGGCCCUGCAUUUCUACCUGACCCGGGCUCUGCAGCUGCUGCGGGGCAGCGGGGGCUGCAGCGGGGGGCCGGGGGAGGUGGUGUUCCGGGGCGUGGGCAACGUGCACCUGGAGCCCAGGACGCUCGGGGACGCGGUCCGCCUGGGCCAUUUUGCCUCCAGCUCCCCAGAUGAGGCCACGGCCCGCAGGUUCGGUAAUGCCACCCUCUUCUCUCUGAGGACUUGCUUUGGCGUCCCUAUCCAGGCCUUGUCUGUGUUUCCCGAGGAGCGUGAGGUGCUGAUCCCUCCCCACGAAGUCUUCCUGGUCACCAGGUUCUCCCAGGACGGGGCCAGGAGCCUUGUCAGUCUCCGGAGCUAUAAUCAGACCUGCAGCCACUUCAACUGCGCCUACCUGGGGGGGGAGAAGAGGCACGACUGUGUGUCUGCACCACCAACAGGGGGCCAGCCAGGACCCCCCUCCAAAGAAGCCUUGCCUCUGAGCUUCCAGAAGACCUUGCCCGCACCCCCCAGGAGAGUCCAGUUCUCGGGAGCAGGGCCCUGA